GGACUCGCGUUUGAAAUAGCACCAGACCAUGUCGUCGCUCGGAACCAAGCCGUGGGUGAUGUUUGCGGCCGGUGUGGGGAUGGGUUCGGCUGUGGCGGUGCUGGGCGCUGUGGCGUAUGCGACUACGGUGGGGGUGCGUCGCCGCGGACGGGUGCGGUUUAGGGAUGAUGGCGAGGAGAAGGACGAGGCGCCGCGUGUGGGCGAGGUGUUGCUGGGAGCGGGGGAGGGAGGCGAGGUUGCAACACCGCCGGAGAUGGAGCAGAUCAUUGUGAACGAGGUCCGACCCAAGACGCCACGGGUGCUGGACUCGCCGACAACGGGACGGCUGCAUGUGCUGGAGCCGCAGGCUGCGCUUGAGGAGCUUGCGAACGUGCCGACCAAGGCGCCACCGGUGCAUCGGGUUGUGCUGACGGGCGGGCCGGGCGGCGGCAAGACGUCUUCGCUGAAGCGGCUGACGGAGCACUUUACGGCGCUCGGCUUUCGUGUGUACUCCGUGCCCGAGGUUGCGACGCUGCUGUGGUCUGGCGGAGUCAAGGUCUCCGACCUCAACUCUGACCUCGCGGUGUACCAGUUCCAGGACACGCUGCUGAAGAUGAUCAUUGCGCUGGAGGACGGAUACUACUCGCUGGCUGUGGCGUCUGGGCAAAAGUCGAUCAUCUUUUGCGACCGUGGGGCGAUGGACGCGCGGGCGUACAUGUCUGCCUCGCUGUGGCAGGCGAUGAUGGACGAGAACAACUGGUCGAAUGUGGCGAUCCGCGACCGGUACACAGUGGUGGUUCAUCUGGUGACUGCGGCGAUCGGGGCAGAGGAGCACUACGAGUACGGGCCGGGCACGCCGCGGCAGGAGCCGCCCGAGGUUGCGCGCGAGCUUGACCGCAAGAUCCGUAUGGCGUGGCUCGGGCACCCGUACCUGGUGGUUGUGGAGAACUCGUCGAAGCAGUUUGAGCGCAAGCUCAAGCGUGUGGUGGACGUGGUGGCGAAGCGUGUGGCCGGCAAGAUCGAGUCCAAGUACCACAAGCGCAAGUUCCUGCUCUCGUUCUCGCCGCCCGAGUCGAUCUUUUACCAGCGUGGUAUUCCGUUUGAGGACUUUCAGGUCCACCAGCACUACCUGGUGUCGGACGGGCCCGAGGUGCAGGCCAUCCGCAAGCGCGGGCAGUACGGCUCGUACACGUACACGCACAUCAUCAAGGAGAACAACGUCGAGACACGGUACACGCUCACUGGGCGUCAGUACGUGAGCAUGCUCGCGCGGCGCGACCCGUCGCGGGUCCCGAUCCACCAGACCCGGCGCUACUUUAUGUGGAAAGACCGCAUGUUCCAUGUUGACUGCUUCCGCUCGCCCAAGGCCAUCCGCUCGGUCAUCUUCCUCCAGACCUACGUCUCGGACGCCGAGCCCGAGUCGAGCGUCCCGGUGCCCGAGUGGAUCGAGGACGCGCGCGAGGUGACCGGCGAUCCGCGGUACACCAUGUACCACUACUCGAUCGCCGCCCACGGCAUCGCUGACAUCAUCAACUCGCUUGACCUCCCGCCGAACCGCCACAUGCCCGAAGACUUUGACUUUGACUACGAUGGCGAGGACGACGAGCUCGACUCGGCCGCCGCGCUCCGGGUCCAGCUCAACCAAUGAAGAGCUGACAUCCCACACCCACCGCCGCUUCCGAGUCUCUACCCCUGCUGGCUUGCAUCAGCCGCCGGUUGUCCACGGACCUGCCGCCGCUCGGUUACCGCUGCCGCGACACGGGCGUUGAUGGUGGCCUGCGGAACGGCCGACCCGGCGAUGGACCUCUUGUUCGACUUGGCCAGCUGCAGCCCGAGCGGGAUGGCAGCAAAGAGGGCAACGAGCGAGACACCGACGCCUGCCUGCAUGCGGUGUUCAAAGGCAGCGCCGACCCAUGUUGUGCGCGAGAGUUGUGCGCCCAUAGGACGAUGAGAUGUGUGUGUUGCCAUGUCCA